UUUCAAGGGAACGUGGACCUUACUUCAAGUGUGAGCAGUCAGGCUGAAAAUGAAUGUAGGCUAUGCAGUGCAGCGCAGUGGGAUAAUAUGCAAACGGUUCAAAGAUGUGUGAAACUUGGGGCAAGGUCAAGCAGAGACGGAUGAACUGGUAUAGGAACCAUAGUGUUGCGUUUCAUGGAUUCCAACUUCAACUUCAUUGUAAGACUGGCGGACGUCAGAAAAACAAGCGACGACCAAGGGAAGAACAGAAGUGAAGCCGUUCCUGUGGAGUACAAUUACCUCAAAAUUGCUGAUUUACCCUCUUGACCUGUCGAGGAUUUUACCUAAAACUGCUUUCAGCGUCCCUCAGUCUGAGGCUAUGAGAGGGAGAGAGGAGUCCCAGGCCGCACCAUCAUGCUACUUCUGAGACGCUGGGAUGAGACUUUGGCUGGCGAAACACAAGGUACUACUCUCCCACUCCACCACCAUGCCUGUCUGCGGCUGCCGCAGCCCCACCCCGCCUCAUGGCCAAGCCGGGGCCUCCUCCUCCGCCCCCUCUGCCUCCCAGGAGAGGCGAGUCCGACCCCUACAUCCACCCCCACCUCCAUCUCUCCACCGCAGCACCAGCGGCUCUCUCUGCCUCUCCCUCCUUCUCCUGCUGCUCUGCCUUCUCCACCUUCCCCCGGCCUGCCACUCACGGAGAGAAAAGGGAGGGGGAGGUGGUGGCGGCCACUACAUCCCUAUCCCCCAGCCCCCUCCCCACCAGAUGGCCCUGCCCAACAUCCUGCGUGGCCUCAGCAUCGCUGUUGUCCUGGUGGGCAACUCCAGCGAGGUGGCGCUGGCUGGGGCUCGGGAGAAGGAGGACUUCCUCCACAUGGCGCCCAACGUAGAGGUGCUGACCAUGAAUGAGACAGACCCUAAAAGCAUCAUUAAGAGCAUCUGUGACCUAAUGACUGAGCACUGGCUGCAGGGCGUGGUGUUUGGAGAUGACACUGACCAGGAGGCCAUCGCCCAAAUCCUCGACUUCAUUUCAGCCCAGACCCAUAUCCCUAUCCUAGGAGUUCGUGGGGGUUCCUCCAUGAUCAUGGCUGCCAAGGAUGACAACUCCAUGUUCUUUCAAUUUGGCCCCUCCAUCGAGCAGCAGGCUUCAGUCAUACUAAACAUCAUGGAGGAAUACGACUGGUACAUCUUCUCCAUCGUUACCACGUACUACCCGGGUUACCAAGACUUUGUCACCAAGAUUCGUAGCACCAUUGAGAACAGCUUUGUAGGCUGGGAACUGGAGGAAGUUUUACUACUUGACAUGUCCGUAGAUGACGGAGAUUCAAAGAUCCAAAACCAGCUGAAGAAGCUCCAGAGCCCCGUCAUUCUUCUCUACUGCACAAAAGAAGAGGCCAACACCAUCUUCGAGGUGGCCCACUCUGUUGGGAUUACUGGCUACGGCUACACAUGGAUAGUGCCCUCGCUGGUCGCUGGAGACACUGUUGUAGUGCCUGCAGAAUUCCCCACAGGUCUGCUCUCUGUGUCCUAUGACGAGUGGGACUAUGGCCUAGAGGCCCGUGUUCGCGACGGCGUGGCGAUCAUCACUAUGGCAACCUCCACCAUGAUGAUGGACCGUGGACCUCACACCCUCCUAAAGUCAGAGUGCCACGGAGCUCCUGACAAGAAGACUCCCAUCUCAGGCAACCCUAAUGAAGUGCUCAGGUACCUGAUGAAUGUGACGUUUGAGGGGCGUAAUCUGUCGUUCAGCGAGGACGGAUACCAGAUGCACCCCAAGCUGGUCAUCAUUCUGCUCAACAAGGACAGACAGUGGGACCGGGUGGGUAAAUGGGAGAAUGGUUCCCUGUCCAUGAAGUACCAUGUGUGGCCUCGCUAUGAACUAUAUGGCGGGCCAGCAAACAUUGAGGAUGACCACCUGUCCAUCGUGACAUUGGAGGAGGCUCCGUUCGUCAUUGUGGAAGAUGUGGACCCACUUAGCGGGACGUGUAUGAGGAACACUGUACCUUGCCGGAAACAGAUCAAAACACUUAAUCAGACGAAGGAGUCGGGGAUCUACAUAAAGCGUUGCUGUAAGGGUUUCUGCAUUGACAUCCUGAAGAAGAUUGCCAAGACGGUAAAGUUUACCUAUGACCUUUACCUGGUCACUAAUGGCAAACAUGGCAAGAAGAUCAACGGAACAUGGAAUGGCAUGGUGGGAGAGGUGGUGUUAAAAAACGCCCACAUGGCUGUCGGCUCCUUGACCAUCAAUGAGGAGAGGUCAGAGGUCAUCGACUUUUCCGUCCCUUUCAUCGAGACGGGCAUCAGCGUCAUGGUCUCCCGUAGCAACGGCACCGUUUCGCCCUCGGCCUUCUUAGAGCCCUUCAGUGCAGAUGUGUGGGUGAUGAUGUUCGUGAUGCUGUUGCUGGUGUCAGCAAUGGCUGUGUUUAUAUUCGAGUACUUCAGCCCUGUGGGCUACAACCGCUGUCUGGCUGACGGCAAAGAGCCUCACGGCCCAUCCUUCACCAUCGGUAAAGCCAUCUGGCUGCUGUGGGGUCUGGUCUUUAACAACUCUGUGCCAGUACAGAACCCCAAAGGCACCACUAGUAAGAUCAUGGUGUCAGUGUGGGCCUUCUUUGCUGUCAUCUUCCUGGCCUCCUACACUGCCAACCUGGCUGCUUUCAUGAUCCAAGAGGAAUAUGUGGACCAGGUAACUGGUCUCUCAGACAAAAAGUUCCAGAGUCCCAACGACUUCUCACCUCCGUUUCGGUUUGGCACCGUCCCAAACGGGAGUACGGAGAGAAACAUUAGGAACAACUAUCCAGAAAUGCACUCCUACAUGACAAAGUUCCAUCAGAGAAACGUUAACGAAGCUCUGCAGAGUCUCAAGGCCGGCAAACUAGACGCUUUCAUUUAUGAUGCGGCUGUACUGAACUACAUGGCUGGCAGGGACGAGGGCUGCAAGCUGGUGACCAUUGGCAGCGGCUACAUCUUUGCCACCACGGGGUACGGCAUCGCCAUCCAGAAGGAGUCACUCUGGAAGAGACAUGUGGAUUUGGCCAUCCUGCAGCUCUUUGGAGACGGUGAAAUGGAGGAACUAGAGUCCCUGUGGCUGACUGGGAUCUGCCACCACGAGAAGAACGAGGUGAUGUCCAGCCAGCUGGAUGUGGACAACAUGGCCGGUGUCUUCUACAUGCUCGGUGCCGCCAUGGCUCUGUCACUCAUCACCUUCAUCUGCGAACACUGGUUCUACUGGCAGCUGCGCUUCUGCUUCAUGGGCGUCUGCUCCGGCCAGCCCGGCUUCGUCUUCUCCAUCAGCAGGGGCAUCUACAGCUGUAUCCACGGGGUGCAGAUUGAGGAGAAGAGCAGCUCGGCACUGAACUCCCCUUCAGCCACCAUGAACAACACCCAUUCCAACAUUAUGCGCCUCUUACGCACCGCCAAGAACAUGGCCUCCCUGUCAGGGGUGAACGGCUCACCCCACAGCGCUCUGGACUUCAUCCGCCGCGAAUCGUCUGUUUAUGACAUCUCUGAACACCGGCGCAGUUUGGCGGGCCAUUCAGACUGCAAGCCACCUUACUUACCAGACGACAACAUGUUCAGCGACUACAUCAGUGAGGUGGAGAGGACGUUUGGCAACCUCCACCUUAAGGACAGUAAUCUGUACCAGGACCACUACCUUCACCACCAUGGCUCAACGCUAGGGCUCGCCGGACCUCCUCCCAACAGGCCCCAUAGCUUGGGCAGUGCUAGUUCUCUGGAGGGCGGCAUGUUCGACUGUGACAGCCUGGGUGGAGGGGUGGCCCCUAUUUUCACCACCCAGCCCUGCUCAGCACUGACCCACAGGAACAUGAGCAAGUUUGACCUGCUGUCUGGACAGACUCCACCCUCGGGUCAGAGCUUUAAGGGAGGCCUGCCUGACUUGUACGGGAAGUUCUCCUUCAAGGGAGGUGCCUCAAGUUCCACAUACAUCCCUGGCCAUAACUACUGUGGAGGGAGGGGAGAUGACGAUGGGAAUAUACGUUCAGAUGUCUCAGAUAUUUCCACGCACACAGUAACUUAUGGAAACCUGGAGGGUAAUGCCAAGAAGCGCAAACAAUACCGUGAUAGCCUGAAAAAGAGGCCGGCCUCUGCCAAGUCCAGACGGGAGCUGGACGAGAUUGAGCUGGGCUACAGGAGGAAACCCUACCACAUCAGCCACCACCACUACCACGGCCACCGCUCUUCCUCCCCACCACUUUUGCCCACUGAACGGAAAAGAGGAGGAGUAGGUGGAGGAGGAAACAAUGAUGGAAACUCCUAUGUCUUCAGAGAAAAGGAGAGCGUUAGGGAUUUUUAUUUGGACCAGUUUCGGCCCAAAGAGGGUGUGCCUCAGUGGGAACAUGUGGACCUGACAGAGGGCCCUGUGAAUAGAGAUGGAGGAGUGGCGACCUGCACCUCCCUGGUUCCAGUGGAUGACUUUCUUAAGAGCAAACCCAAAAAGUCAGAUUCAAAGAGUGGGGGAGGAUCUGGACUGGCAGGGGGGGAGUGGGAGUGCAGGAACUGUCGGGCUAGAGGAGGGGGCAAGCAGAUGUCCAUGCAUGGAGCAGGUGGUGGUGGAGGGUAUGGUGGUGGUAUGAGUUGCGGGUCCUCGGGAGGUGGAGGAAACAGCCGCCCCAGCUCUGCAACCUGCAUGCGCUGCGAGGGCUGUAAAAAGACAGGAAACCUCUAUGAUAUCAGUGAAGAUAACAACCACCUCUUGGAACAGAUGGGGGGGAGGACAGGUGUGGGAGGAGGAGGAGGUAUGGUCGCUGGCCCUCAGUCUCAACCACAGGGUCAGCAGAGAAGGAAGGGUGGAUUAGGCAAACCACUUAGGCGGCAGCACUCAUAUGACACAUUUGUCGACCUUCAGAAAGAGGAGUCAGGCGGGAUGGGAAGUUUAAUGGGUCUAGGCGGAGUUGGAGGGAUGAGUGGUGCAGGUAUGGGAGGGAUGCUGCCCCCACCCAGGAGUGUUAGCUUGAAGGAGAAAGAACGCUACAUGGAGGGCACCAGCCCCUUCGCACACAUAUUUGAGCGUCACGGGGGCUCUGAGAGAGAAAGAGAAAGAGACAGGGACCCAUUGUUUUACGGAGGUGAGGGCCGGCAAGGACCCGGCUCACCAUUCGGCCUGUUCAGAGGCGGUGAGGGCCUUCACCGCCGCUCCAUUGGAGAGAGAGACAUGAGAGACAGGGAUAGGUCUUUGAUGGAAGGAGGAGGUGGGGGAGCGUUCUCUUUAUCCAAAUCUCUUUACCCCGACAGGGUAAACCAAAACCCCUUUAUACCCACCUUUGGCGAUGACCAGUGUCUGAUGCACGGAGCCAAACAAUAUUACAUGAAAAAGCAACAGCAGCAGCAACAAGUUGCCAAAAACAGCCGAAGUGACUUCAGGAGUCAGAUGAGCACGGCGUCAUAUCUGCCAGCGUCUGCAACAGCCGGGGUGAUGUCCAACGUGGCCCCCCGGUUCCCGAAAGAGCUCAGCCUCGGUGGAAUGAACCACCAUGGCUCCAUGCUGGGGGUUGGCCCCCCGCGUCCCUUCAAUGGAAGCAAUGGCCAUGUGUACGAGAAACUCUCCAGCAUUGAGUCUGACGUGUGAGAAAAAAUGGGGGGGACAAGAAGCGGUCAAUGGCAAGGGGGAAGGAGGAAAGGAAUAGAGGCAUCAGUGUUAGGAGAUCAGGGAUGAUUUUAAAGACACUGUCCACACACUGCAACCCUAGCCCAUAUUGGGACAGCACGAUGAGGUAAAAGAGGAGAGCGCUAGAGGAGGAAAAGGCCGAAAGGUAGAGAUUGUGAAAUAGAAAAAUAAGAAUAAGGAAAAAAUCUUGAUUUUGCAAGAAAAAGUGGGUAAAAAAUCAGGACACCCUGAGGAGUUGUGGGAUGUUAACCCUCUCUCAGAAAUGGCCAAAGCUACUCUACUUUUAUGCCCAAACAGUCAAUUAACAUUCCCCUCAACAUUACAAAUGCACUCAACUCAAGCCCUUUCAUCCACCAGUGAGGCAGGAGUCAGUGUACUUGGUUAUCAGCGCAAAGAGGCGACACCUCAUCUUAGUUUGAUAUCAGACGUGUGAGCCCGCUGCAAUUCGAUGGCUAUCUGAGAGCUCCCACUGAGUGCUUAUGAAGAAAGACUGCGAGAGUGGAGAGAGGAACGAACUGCCCAUCUGCCCCUGUGUCACCACAGAAAGGAGACAUUGUCACGUUUACCAGAGCCACGACACAGGAGAUGACUAGUACUUCUCUCUCCUCGCCUGUCCAUCUCCUCUCCGUCCCCCUCUUCUGUUCUCCCUCUCUCUGUCCCCGCUCCUCCUCUUCAUCCCCAUCGCCAAAAGAGCUGAUCUUGUUUGCUAUGAGAAAUACAAUCAUGAAUGAUAAUAAGAUAUUCUUAUAGAAACAAACAGGGUAUAAGAACAACAAUAAUAUUGAUAACAUUGUGAAUAACAAAGAUGUUAGUAAGGAUUAUGAUAACACUGCUUAUGAUAUCACUAAGUUUUUCUUGUUUUAUGUUCUGUUGGUAUAAUAUUUCACUACUGUUUUUAGUAUCUGUAGUUGAAGGUUGUUUUUAGUUCAACUAACAAGCCAGAAAGACUGAGUCAGGAUCUCGAAGGCACAUUUAGCACUGACGGAUCCUUAUUUGAUGUUUCAAGAUGUUGCAAAUCAAGUGCACACACACUUAAACACACACACACACACACACACACACAAACACUUUUUGUCAGCCUGAACUUGUGUUACUGUGAACAACACAUUUCGUCAGAAGCUGAAGAUACUGAGAGGAAGGAAGGACGUGCCUUAAUGGUCUCCAGUGGAUGUGUCCUCCAGUUCACAUGCGGUCCUCACACGGCAGCCACCAGGACGGACCAGCAUGCUUUUUAGGCUGCUCGCUGAUCUCUUCACGAUCAUGAGCCAAAACUGCAGUAAAAAUUUACAGCAGGUUUGAGACGCUGCUGCUGAUGGUUUCAAUACAAGACGCCGUUGGAGAUGUUUUAUAACUUCGUAAAAAUGAUUUCAUAUGUCAAGUAUGGGCAGUGACAUUAUGAAGCAGUUGUAUUCAGGACGUCCCACCGUCACGGAUAGACGUCUCACAUCACAACACGGCAGCCUUUAGACCACUUCUUUUAUUCAGGUUACAUGAUAACAGUCACCAGGCACUUACUUUUUUCGGCCUCUCACUAGUAUCUCGUAGAAGGCAUUACUUUUCACUCACGUACUCACUGUCUGAGAGGUGCACACAGAAAAGCGUAGUUUGUACUUUGUGUAUGAUCAAUAUAUAUGCACUGUUGUUUAUGUAGGCGAAAUGCUACAACAUGUGUAGGAGACUUGUUGUUGCCCCAUGACAAUGACACUGAUAAAAGCUUGAGAUAUGGAGGAUGUCUAUUUGAGAGAGGAACACUGACUGAGGCGUCAGGAAGCCGUCCAUCUUGCAAAAGCUCUCCAGCUUUUUACUUUGACUUAUAUAGAUAGUCUUUUUAGCUGGAGAGGCCUCAUUUAUUGCACAGGACCUUUUACUCAGUGUAAGUUCAGACACUCAGUAGACAAUAGACAAGCCUUAUCAUCCCAUCAUCCCCCCACCCCCACCCCCCACUGCAAGCUGUCUGGUGAUGACUCAUGGUAUUACUGUACAGAAUAAAGAAGCCUCUAUUAGUUAUUUAAAGGGUUGAUUAGCUGGUGGUGUUAGAAGUUUAAGGGCUGCGUGAGACUGCGCAGGAGUGCUGGUCUGAGAUUGGAGCUGCUGGAGUGUGUAGAGUGUGAUCUUUGUCAUUGCGGACUUCUAUCUUAUACCCUAAUCUAAAUGCACCACUGUAAUAGGUUGGAGUGCGCGUGUGUGCGUGUGUGUGUGUGUGUGUGUGUGUGUGUGUGUGUGGAGGGAACCAAAUCACAAUUGAAUGAUAACAGCUGUUUUUUCCACUAACCUGCUGAUAACUAUAAAACAGCCUCACCUCCUCCCUCACCCCACAGAUAAGCCAGUAAAAGUGAGACUGGUUGAGUUAGCCUUAAAUCAAACAGAUUCAUCCCCCCACGACCCUCCUAUUAAGUAGAUUGGAAUCUCUGGAAUUUUUAUACGAACACAUUUUGAAAGUUCAGGUCAACCAUUGUCAAGCAAGAUGGUAUAAGAAUGAGAGAGGAGAACGGGAAAUGAGGAAAUAAGAACAAGCAGAUGAAAGACUUUGGAGUGGGCAUCAAUCAGUGUCAGCAUUUGUACGUUCAAUCUUUUCCUUGUAAAUAAUAUAUUUAAAACUUUUCACUUUGUACAGUUAACAGACAGACAGGAUGUAACUUUCAAUAUGUUUUACAGCAAUUUAAGAAAUAAACAAAACACUAAUAAAAACUCAUAAAAACAAAAAAUACAUGAACAAAAAUAAGAUAAGACACAAAUAUUACUAAUCAUAAGUGAUAUAAUUGAAUCUCUUUUUCUUUAAAUCAUGUUUACUUAAUUAUGAUAGUUUACCAAUCAGUAUACUGAUUAUGUUAAGAAUUAUGCUUUUUCAUAUUUUCACUAAAGUGUUGGAAAUUGAGGAUAAUUUACUGUAGGUGUAGACGUUUGGUGAUAAAAGGGGAAAGUUUAGAUUUAGUCUUUUGCUAAGUUUCCCUUGAAUUGUGUUAGAUUCUCUCUUUUUAAGGUAAGCUCUUCUUCAUGCUUUUUGAGAUAAAUUAAAUUAUCUACACAUUUAUGUAAUACAAUAUUACAUGUAUACAUAGAUGAUAUUUGCAUAUAGAGGCAGUAUAUUGUGAUCCUUCAUUUUUUUUAAGCAGCAAUCCUUCUUACAAAACUUACAAGAUAUUUGUGUUUUUGUUGCCCGUUAUUUUUUUUAAUUUUUUUUUUUUUGACCUGGGCUCUAACAAUCAUUGCACACAGAAUUUAGAGCCAUCGUGGCCUGGCCUAUCCUGUUCCCUCUCUAUGUUUGGGAUAGACAUCACUGUGGUAAAGGAAGAAAUAUAUGUGUAUGUACACACAUGUACACAUAUACAUGUAUAAACACAUAUAGACACACAAAUGCACACUGGACAUUUCCCAGUGUUGAUGUUGUCAAUAUUGUGGAGGAUUUCAGCACAAUAUCGUGGAAAACCAAGAAUGAGUGUAGUUUCAUCUUAUUGAGAAUCCACUUGAAGCUGAAAUGCAUUUGUGCAACCCCUUAUUAAAAGGUACAGUAUUUGUUGUGUGUUCGUCAUGUCUCAUUUUAUGUAGAGAGUUUUGCUUCAGGGGAAUCAACCAUUGUUACUAUAUUUUAGCUCAACAUAUCACUAAACUGCAUUAUUUGACAGCUGAAAACACUUCGCUUUGGAUUCUAAUUUACUUUGUGCAACUUUGUGCACUGCUUGUUUUUCCGUAUGAGAGGGGAAAUAUAAUUUGUAAUUUGUUGUGUACAUAAGCAAUUCCAUGCAAUCAGAAAUUAUUUCCCCCGCUCUUUAUGAUUCUGAUUCCAAUAAGUCUCCAUAAUCUUCUCCACAGCCCUGAGAGAAGAAAUUCAUCUCUCUUCUGUUUUUCUCCUCAACUGCUUUCAUGUCUAGAGGGUUAAUUGGAGAGUGAAAAAUGCAUCCAUGUGCACUUAAACUCUCUUCAUUUGCAAUAAACAGCAUGACCAAACUGCUCUUAUUGUAAAUGCUGUACUGAAAAUGUACACUUUAUGUGCCAAUACAUCAGUCCCUGCUGUUCUUUUCAUGCAUUGUAAGGCAAGCUAGGGCUAGUUUACAGCUGCUGGUUGGGAAGUCAAGGUGCACCUGACACUGUGGUAAACAUGCUAUCAUCAGGCCUUUACCACCUCCAGCUGCUCUGCUCUGCAGCCAGUGUGUGCAGGUCAGGCAGCGAUGCAGAGUAAGCAUGGCUCAUCAGAUGUCUUUAUUUCCCUUACGGCCAAAUCGGUCCCAGCCACCCUUCUUUGCGCACGAGCAUGCCACAACACAUUUGUUUAGAUGGUUAAUGUAGAGCAAAACACUGUGUCACAUUUUUACAACACAAAAGAUGGCAAAGUUAGUGGGCUGAAACAUCCUGAUGUAAAUAUCAUCUCAGCUGACGUGUGUUUUUCUGUUAGGAACACUGACACAUGGGACCAAAUAACAGCACCACGCGGUCAGCUACAGGUAUCGAUGCGCCGGUUAAACUGACUUGUGAAAAUGUAUUUUUGCAUUUUGUGUUUGGAGAAAAAAGGUAUUGACAUGUUUGUUUCACAUCAAUAUUUCUAACAUAAAGAAUUGAACUACUAAUCACGGUUUUUAUCAAUGAGUCGCUUCUCAUGCAAAUUGGAAGAAUUAUGCUGUGAUAUUAUAUGAUUGAUUUGGUUGUGAAGGUCCAUGUAAUUUAGCUGCUUAUAAUUUUCCAAUUCACCCUAAUUCAUUCCAUUAUUAAUAUUUUAAAGUUCUAUCUGUUUGUACGUGUAUUAAUAUGUAUUGAUAUUGCUUUAUAUUGAUGCAUACAAAAUUUUCUAUUAAAUUGUGUACAGUUUUGUUUGUUUGUUAAUAUUGCUAUUUUCCAUCUUCAUACAGUUAACAUGAGAAUGGAUUUCUUUACCUGAAUGAAAAUUGAAGAUAACAUGACAUAAGGGGUUGCUACUAAAUGUAUUUCAUAGGGCGGCCAUGUUGAUGAAAACACACAUCGUCACUGAAACGACAAAGCCUGAUUGAAUUUACUGUGGGCUGACAAAAAUGUAACAUGAAUAGCACCAGUUGCAUAUACAACGAUUACAUAAUCUUAUUCUUGGCCAUUUUUUCGCUUUUUGUGGCCCUUUGAAAUAAUCCCCAAAUUUUUACACCAUACAAACAGAAAAUGACACAAAAACAAAUAAUUGUACAGGUUGUGUAAAUACUGACUAUUGGGGACAACAUUUACCUUCUUUUUUUGUAUGGAAACGAUCAAAGUAAUCUCAAUAACAAAAUUAACCAUGUCAUGACAAAACUGCAAAAAAACAUCAUUAAGGUACUUCUAAUAAGGAUAAUACUGAUAUCUACUAUUAUAAGUGCUCAAAUAAGACUAUUCUUUCUCUUUGUACAUGAUGAACAAAAUGAAGUGUUGAGUAUUAAUAAUAAAAAACUAUAAGUUUCA